AUGAACACUUUCAUCAACAACAACAACAAGUUCAACAAGAAGAAAGUGGUGUUCAUAAUGGGAGCAACAGGAACGGGAAAAUCUCGUCUCUCUGUUGACCUUGCCACCCAUUUUCGAGGAGAAAUAAUCAACUCGGACAAAAUGCAAGUCUAUAAGGGACUUGAAAUCGUGACCAACAAGAUCACACACGCUGAUAAACAAGGUGUACGACACUAUUUGCUAGCUCAAUGUGUUCCAAUUAUUGUUGGAGGGUCAAAUUCGUAUAUUGAAAAACUUGUGGAAGACCCUGUAUUCAUGUUCAAACAUAAGUAUGACGGUUGCUUUAUUUGGAUUGAUGUAGAGCAAUCAGUCUUGAACCGUAGAGUUGACACGAGGGUUGAUGAAAUGGUCAAUGCAG